UCUAUAGUCUAUACCAUUUAAUGCAAUACAACACCACUAUAAAUCUCAUCAUCUUUCCAAACAGAAUACACAAGCACCCCACAUCUCCAUCUUACCACCUCUCCAGCCCCAGGCACUCGGACACUUCUCUAAUGGCCAUCUCAGAAACAAAACCACCCAAGCAACUUCGAGAGCUCCUUCAAGAGCAACAGGAAUCUUUCACCCUAAAUAUUCACCUUCUAGAAAGAGGAUAUUCAAGAAAAAGCUCGAAUUCAGAACAUACCUUCAGCUGCUGCUAUGGAAAUUCAAGCAAGUCCUCGACGAGAUCAGUCAGUUGUCGUCUAAACACGACCAAAAAGCCAAAACUUUCAAAGGUAUUAAGAGCUGUAUUAAACCAGGUCAUUUCCACAAAGAAGAGGCUAAGAAUCAAUGGUUCUAAUCAUGAAGAUGGAAAACUAAAUGUCAGUGAGAAGGGCAGGAAUAACCAGCAAGUUCCAGAAUUAGAUAAAUUUUCGUCAGCUAGCAGUGCAACAGUGUUUAAUUCAUGUUCUGAGAGUGAAGUAGAAGAAACGUCAACUUCAUCGCAAAAUGAUAUCUUGUUCACAACAAACACUUCACAGCUUCCCAACCUCCACAAUCCACAGGAGGCUACUGCAGAUAGAAAGCUCCAACAGCAGUGUAUAGAAGAAAGCAGGCAACUCAGCCCGGCAUCAGUACUAGAACGGAUUCCUUCUCAUGGAAAUUCCCCAAUUCACAGCAAUAAAACAGAGGAUUCCAGUACAGCAGAAGAAGAGAGUGCUUCAAAAACUAGAGUUAUUUUACCCAAAAAAUUUACAGAAGACUGCAUUUUAUCAGCAUCUCUCUGGGAAGUCCUUUUUUACUCACCAAAUGAGAAACCAGUUUGUGGAGAAGCCACAGAGAUACAAGAAUUUAUCCUGUCUUAUUUUUCUCCACAGUACUUGAAAUCCAAAAUGGUUCUGCAGCAAACAAAGCAACUUCUGUUUGAUUAUGUAAAGGAGAUUGUUGAGACCCAAGAAAGGGAGGGGAAGCCGCAUUGUCAUCACCAACAAUUCUUGGGGCCAGAAGAGCUUGGAAAGAUAAUUGGUGAGAAAAUGAAGCCAUGGGAUAAACAAUCUGGCAAUGAGUCAAACCUGACAAAAUUGCUGAAUUUGGAUUUACUGAGUUCACAAGGCUGGAGUAAUUAUAAGCCAGAGAGAAGGGAUAAUGGGUUAGCAAUUGAAGAUAUUGUUUUCGAUUUACUGUAUUCAGAACAAGACUGGAAUGAGUAUGGGCUACAGAGGAGGGAAACUGGAUCAGAGAUUGGAGAUACUAUUUUGGAAGAGCUUGUGAAUGACAUAGUAAGAAACAUGAUUGGUUUCUCAUCACCAAUUACCAGAUGUUAAGCUUAAGCUAGCUUCAAAAAUUAAUUAAUUCCCAACUCUUUGACUUUCUGUCA